GAGCGAGAGCGAGAGGUGAGUGAGCGACUCGUCUCCGCACCUUGUCCCGUGAGCCCGGUGACUGACAGCUGGCUGUCUGCGGCGCAGGUUCUCCAAUCGCCUGUCCAUCUGUACUGGUGAAUCAAACAUUUCAUGUCCUGAACAUCUGGGGAAGAUCUUGUUAGAGAGAAACCACGGGAGAACAUGGCAAGCGGUGGCUUCAGGUCACACAACCCGCCUUCGUCUAACACCACCGAUUUUCUAGAAGAAUGGAAAGCCAAGCGGGAGAAAAUGAGGGCAAAGAUGCACGCAGCCGAGAUGGCCGCAGCAGGGAUUGCUGGUGCAACUGACAACGCCAAUAAAACUAGCACUGAAAUGAACAAUAACAGUAGUAGUAACAAUGUACCCAACAGCAAUAGCCAAGCAUCUGCAUCGGUAAUUAAAGUCCCAGCUAUCAGUAGGACUGUGGAGGAACAGCAAGUUACCUCAGUGACUGCUCAGCAGAAGAAAACCUCAGUGCCCUUACAAGAUGGUGUCCCAGGAGGAACAACACAGGAGGAACCGGCACCUCCAGUGUCCCAGGAGAGUUCAAGUAAAGCAAAAGACAAAGGGAAAAGUUGCGGCCCAAGUGCAAGAAAGGGUAAAGGGCAGAUCGAGAAAAGAAAGAUGCGGGAAAAGAGAAGAUCCACAGGAGUUGUCAAUAUGGCUUCUGCAGAGAGUCCUGAUGACUACGAUGAUGAUGAAGCUGGACAGAAAGAACACAAAAAGGAAGAUACAGUUACCCAACAAAACACAGUGCAGAACGAAUCCUUUUCUAUAGACCCAAGUGAAUGGCAGACGGAAUCUGUAAGGAAUGCGCCAAACAAAUAUAAGAGCACAAAUAAUGCCCCAGAUGAUGACUCCUUAAAUCAUUAUCCCCGUACUGAUCGGGCAACUUGUGGCCACCACAACAGAGACCCAAAUUCUGUAAAUUCUGGACAGGGAACUAUAGAGAAAAAGAUUGAAGAGCUUGAAAAGGAGCUAGUAAAAGAGAGGCAAGAAAAUGUAAGAUUAGUCAAGUUAAUGCAAGACAAAGAAGAAUUAAUGAUGAAAAUGAAGGAAGAAAUUGACUUGUUAAACAGAGAUUUGGAUGAUAUAGAAGAUGAAAAUAAACAGCUAAAGCAAGAAAAUAAGACCCUUCUGAAAGUUGUUGGCCAGCUAACAAGAUAGAAGAUACAUGAAGUUUGCUGUGGAACAAACACUACUGAUAUUUUCUCUUGAGAGGCGGGUGUGUAGGGUAGGGGAAAUUGGUUAGGGGAAUAUGGGGAUCUUAUGUCAACCUCUUCGAUGAAGGGGUUCACCCAGUGCUUUUCAAAGAGUGGUCAAGAUUGUAUAUUUAUUACUAGAGACUGUGGCCUUGAGAGCAUGAAAUUGCACCAGAUUUUGAAGAUAUAGCUCUUUGCGAUAAACAUGAUUUUGCACUGUCAUAAAAGUUAUCAUUUGACAGGUUUAAAUGUUCAGCCUCCAAUUUAAGUGAUGUGGAGUUUAUCUUUUUGUAUCUUUUUGGGUAAAAUGUGUUUUUUUUCUUUUUUUAAACUCAGUCAUAACAUCAGAGAUUAAACUCAUACUUGUUAAAUACAUGCAAGUCAGACAAGCCCAAGUUAAACACAGUGGACAGACAAUUGUCAACUCAAUGUCUGGAGAAAUCCCCGGAGGACAAAGGGUGAAGGAAGAGGAAUGUAAAUUUAGUUACCGGAAUGGAAUGUUUUCAUGUCUGGAGAGACCUAAUCUUUACAUGUAGAGUGAUGAUUUUGGACAUUUUUUUCAUUUCUCCAUAACCUUGUGCAUGUCACUGAACACAUUUUCAUCUGUGGAACUCAUUGCAAGUGAAUAUGAUGUUGACUGUUAAAAACAGAAGAGUGUACUUGUGUAUACGCUAGUCACUAGCCCUUUUCAGAGUAAUAUAAUGGACUUUAACAUGUUCUUUCCACCUAAUUAUUUGUGUGCCCACUGAUCCUUUUAAUUUUCCAUGUUUUUUAAUGAUCUGUUUUGCAUACAUACCAUUACGUGUACCCCUUGCCUGGAAACAGUAGCAACUGUUUUAUAGGCUGGCCCAAUAUUGCAUAGUGCCUUUAUAUUUGUGAGAGAUCUGUGAGCACUAGACAUAAGGCACAAUGGGCACAUUUGUAGCAUUACCUCAUUUAUAAUGUGCUUUCCAGUUUUAUGUGGUCGCCCAUGUUCCUUUCAAUAAGCAUGCUAUUGGAUUAACAAGUAUUCAGAUGUAAUCAAAUGCU